AUGAGGCCCCUCACGCUCCUGGCCCUGCUGGCCCUGGCCACACUCUGCCUCGCUGGCCAGGUAGAUUCGAAGCCCAGCGGCGCCGAGUCCAGCAAAGGUGCAGCCUUCAUGUCCAAGCGAGAGGGCAGCGAGGUGGUGAGGAGACCCCGGCGCUACCUGGAUCAAGGGCUGGGAGCUCCAGCCCCCUACCCAGAUCCCCUGGAGCCCAAGAAGGAGGUGUGUGAGCUCAACCCAGACUGUGAUGAGCUGGCUGACCACAUCGGCUUCCAGGAGGCCUAUCGGCGCUUCUACGGCACGGCCUAG